CACAUCGUGUAGGUCUCAGCUGAACCUGAGCGCCGCACUUCAGAGCACACAAACUAUACACCUCGUGUGGGAGUAGGUCUCACCCAGUGAAAACUGACUUCAAUAAAACAUGACAACCCCGUGCUUAGCUCGCUGGAGAAACUAAGUACAGACCCCCCUCUCUCCCUCCCUCCGUCCCUCCUUGCGUAGUUCCAGUUCGAUUCAUUCAUUCAUAUUAUGUUGGAAAGAGCUGUCGGUUUAAUUGAAUUACUUUGGUUCUAGAGAACAGUCGGAUCCCAUUCUGUGCCUGGUCCAGUGCGAGAUUAGAAUGGGGUGCUGCUCUGGUCGAUGCACGCUGAUUUUUCUCUGCACUUUUCAGCUGCUGGCAGCGCUGGAGAGACAGGUGUUUGAUUUCCUUGGGUACCAGUGGGCUCCCAUCCUUGCAAACUUCUUCCACAUCAUCGUCGUUAUCCUGGGCCUCUUCGGCACGAUCCAAUACCGACCUCGGUACAUUGUGGUGUAUGCUGUCUGGACGGCUCUUUGGGUCACUUGGAAUGUCUUUGUUAUCUGUUUCUAUUUGGAAGUGGGAGGACUUUCAAAGGAGAGCAACCUCUUGACCUUCAACGUCUCAGCUCAUCACUCGUGGUGGAGCGAGCACGGGCCGGGCUGCGUGCGCCAGGAGAUGCAGGCAACAGGAGUGAAGAGUCUGGACAGCCAGUCCUUCAUUUCUGUGAUGGGCUGUAUUGUGGAGUUCCAGUACAUUGAGGUCCUGCACAGCUCCUUUCAGAUACUCAUAGCACUCGUGGGCUUUGUGUAUGCCUGCUAUGUCGUCAGUGCUUUCACGGAGGAGGAAGACAGCUUUGAUUUUAUUGGUGGAUUUGAACCAUUCCCCCUCUACCAUGUCAAUGAGAAACCAUCCCAUCUUCUGUUAAAGCCGAUGUACCUGUCUACGUAAAUAGAGGACCGAGUUGCUGGCAGCAGGAUUAACAGUGAAUUUACACAAAGGUGAUGCUGAGUUAACAAUGAAGAAAAGCUGUAAAACUCGACUGGCGUGCAACUCAAGGGACAAUUGAAAAACAUUCCAGUGAUCUUUUUUUUUCUCCCAAUUAAAAAAAAAACACACAGCAACGAUAAACAGCCCUGUUUGAAAAAUACUGUAAUUCCAUCUGUGUAUUUAAGCUGAGGGUAAUGCAAGAUAGGGCAGCUGUGUACAGAACAUGGAACUUUUAAGAGGUCAGACCUAGCAAUGAUGGCUGCAAUUGUCAUAGGUUUCCCCAUGCUUUAGACUGUACUGAAUGCUUUCUGUUGAACUAGAUUGCUGAGUGUAGUAACUAGAUAGCACCUUUCAAAUCUAGAUUUCUUUUAAAAUAUAGUUUAAGCAAAGAUGGUGUAUGUUUACAUCACACAGGGGAAUGCAUGUUUGAUUAGCAGAUAGUUUCAAUACCAAUGUACCAGUGCUGUAUGGAAAAUCACAGAUAUGCUGAACACUCCCGUUCCUGUGGUUCUUGGUUCAGGACCUGCAAACCAUAGCGGCAGCAAGCUGUGUACCAUGAAACCCUAUUCCAUUCAUGGCGGUUCAGGAUCUCCACAGAAGGAGAGAGAAACCAGUCUCAGCUUCUUGGUUCACGUUCCUUCCCGUUGUUGGCUUGCCAGAAUUGUCAUGCAAUAGCGUGAGAGAAGGAGGUCUGUGUUAAAGAUCUUCGGUGGGAGGUUUUCUAGGCAACAUAGCAGGAAGACUAAUUCUAAAGAAGCUUGAAAUGUAAAUGCUUCUUAAAGAGGUUUGGUGUUUUGAGAGGGAGGAUUUGAUUUGUUCCUGUCUUUUGACAGUAAGGGGACUACUGUUCUCUACUCCGGAUUACUUGCCCGUCUUACAUUAUGUAUUUUACAUGGCAGGCAAACUGCACUUUUGUAAAAACACUAGAACCUAAAGCAAAAAAAAAAAACCUUGUUGAGGUAUUGUAUAUUUUGUUUUAAAUACACAUUAAUAUGGGAAGUGCAUCUUGGCAAAAGCGGUUCUGUUCAGAAGUAAAAGAAUUUGAGUUUACAGAUACAAACUGAAAACGUGUGUAAUCAAAAUGUGUUUUUCCUUCACCCUUUGUUCAAAAGGUUUUGUUGUUUUCAUCCCAGCUGUAAUUCACUACUGCCCUCUAGUGUUGUCAUGUAUAUAAUAUAUAAAUAUUUUUUGUGGAAGAUUUUAGUAGUGUCUGGAAACAGGAACAUGUCCUGCAAAGUAGGGCUCUCAUUUAAAUUUGGGGAGCUAGUUACAGCUAGAAGAGGAAAAAGCGGAUUGUUCAGCAUUAAAGCACCAGAAACUCGUGUUUAACAGAUAUAUUCUUUAAACUGCCAGAAGCAAAACAAAAGGAUUUGUAGUUCAGACUGGGUAUAAUACUAUACUAUUGAUAGUCAUGUUGCGUUAUACAAUUUAUAAUAAUAGUAAAAGAUCAGUCACUGCAUUUAUUGGUAGUUAAAUGACAUUUUUAAAAGUUUCUACUGUCCACAAAAUGAAUUUAAUUGAAUGUGUAUCUUGCUUUAAUGUCAGCCCUGUUUGGAUGGAUUGUUGUGGAACUGAGUUUUUCAUGCAUCCCUGGCUGGUUAUUCCUGCAGUAAAUGAGUCUACAGUGUGCCAAAUGUUCCUUCCAUGUUUAAUAGAAUCUGGCUCUGGUGUCCUCAGUCCUUCAAGAUCCAGUGCGACGCCUAUGUGAAGAUGCACUUAAUCAUCUAGAAGAACAACAUCAGGGACAACCGCACCAGUAAAAUUACUUAUUCAGCUUAAGCAUGUUGACAGCCCCCAAAAGAAAAUCAAGAAAUGAACAUAAUGCUAUUUCUCAACUACUCAGCCAAAUAAAGUAGAAAAUCUCAUUCGAUAACAGCUGCUGUUCCCUGUUCAAAUCAGUGCUUAGCUUCACUGAUUUUAAAAAAAGGAAAAAUAAAAGUACAUACAGAAUAAAGCUACUUGAAUUACAACAGAAUAUUACAGCAUUAGAUGUAGACUGUGUUUGUCAAGCCAGUUUUUGCAGUAUCAUGCUUAAUAUGUCACAUUCAAUUCUCCUAUAAAAAUUACUGGCUGUGUGUUUGUUUUUAUUUUUAAUGCUUACAUUUAUUGAAUACUGUAGUAUCAUUGUUCCUUCCCUGGCCAAGUACUGUAGUUUGUGUUCAAGUGUAAAUAAGUUUGUUAAUAAAGUGUUGUGUAUUUCUUAAUGUCUGUAGAACUAUUGAUAUACAUAUGGUAUCUAUUAAAGCGAAGACCAUUAAGACCAAAAGAUAAGUUUUAGCUAAAGAAGCAAUGCAUUUAUUAAAGCAAGCAAAAAUAAAUCACUUAAAUUGUGUUAUAUAUAUAUAUAAAUAAUUAGUGUGUGUGUAUAGAUAUAUCUCUGUAUCACACACACUGUCUCUUUAUACUUUCUUGAAAGGUGUACCACCUACAGUAAUAAACAGUAAAAAGGUCAGAACGACCAAUUUGUUAGAGAAAAAUCCUGUAAAUAUCAGAACUCCAAAGAAACCAUUAAUGUGCACGCUGGGGCUCAGAAAGCUGCAUUCAGUGGUAAUCAAUACUAGUUCACUGUGUAGGGCAAUAUUGGGAUGACUGAUUGCAGCAGGAGUCCUGGUGGGGAGAGGUGAGGCUGAGGCUCAGACUCCAAGGCAGGGAGGAUGGGACGGCUCUGGACUUCAUUCAUGUAUUAAGACUGGGUAGUGACUGAAGGGUGCUGGUCUUACUACUUUUACCAAAAAUCCUGGUACCAAAAAGCUGGCACUUAUAUAAACCUGAAUUCACCACCGUCCACAGCAAACAAUAACCUGGCUUUAAACCAAGAGGAAUAUGGGCCUCCGUCCUUGCAAGUUUCUGUUGUUGGUGACCAUUU